UAGGUGUCGCUGCGUGUGUGACGUGGAGCCUGUUGGGUGGACGCUUAUUGGAUAAAACCGCCGACGUCACGUCCUUCUCUCUCUUCGGCCGACGCCAUAGUCGGGAAAGGACUGUGGACAAAAUGUCGUCCCACAAGACUUUCAGGAUCAAGCGCUUCCUCGCUAAGAAGCAGAAACAGAACAGGCCCAUUCCUCAGUGGAUCAGAAUGAAAACUGGAAACAAGAUCAGGUACAACUCCAAGAGGAGACACUGGAGGAGGACCAAGCUCGGCUUGUAAACGUGAGGGUCCCUGGAUCCCCGUGUCCCUCCAUCCCAACAUCUGCCAGGACCUCCAGCUGCUGGGCCUGACCCUGAGGAGGGAGCCGUGUUAUCUGGAGCAGCAUUUGUUUUGUACAAAUACUCUGGUUAUGGUCUUGUUUGACAAUAAAAGAUCUGUGAUCAAACUUCA